AUGGUCUCUGGCUCGCUCCACUCCUCACUUCCUCUCAAGAGAAACAGCUCUUUGGCUGACUUGACCACCACCAAUAUCGCUCACUCCUCCUCUGCACUCAACAGGAACCCCAUCUCUCUUCCCUCUGCCUCCACAAAAUCACACUCCUCCUCUGUUCCCUCUGCUGCACCCCAGCCUGCGAAAAAAAACCCAGCAAAGAAACCCAGGAGAAACAGAGUGCCCAUCUCUUGCACCAUCUGCAGAAGAAGAAAGGUCAAAUGUGACAAAAAAAGACCUGUAUGUUCAACCUGUGUCAAAACUGGUGUUCCCCAUCUAUGCCACUUUAUUGAUCCUCCAUGGGCCUAUCCAGACGAAUCCCUACUAAGAAACUACAACAAUACUUCUUCCAUCACCACCUCUAAUUCCAAUCACAAAAUAUCCACCACCACUAUUACUAAUAACAAUAACAAUAAUAAUAACAACACCACUAAUAACAAUCAUGAUAAUGGCAAACACAAACUAAACCAAAACUUACCUGAUGCUGAAAAAUUGGAAAAAGAUAAAGAAAUUGAAUCUCUUAAAAAGCAGAUUAACGACCUCAAACAGCAGCUACUAUCCUCAAACAUAAACUCUUCUUUGUCUUUACCAGUCGCUUCAAACGAUUUAAAUACCAACAUGAACAUAAAUAACAUGGCUAUGACUAUGAACAUGAACAUGGACAAUAUCAACAACAUGAACAAUAUAAAUAAUAUAAAUAAUAUGAAUAAUAUGAAUAAUAUGAAUAAUAUGAAUAAUAUGAAUAAUAUGAGUAAUAUGAGUAAUAUGAAUAACAUGUCCAACAUCACCAGCAUAACCAACAUGAACGAUAUUAACAAUAUAAACAACAUGAACAAUAUGAACAAUAUAAACAAUAUAAAUAAUAUGGGUAUGAACAACAUCAAUAACAUGAACAUGAACAAUAUGAACAAUAUGAACAAUAUGAAUAUGAACAUGAAUAUGAAUAAUCUUAACAACAUCAAUAACUUAGGUGCAAUCACCAAUAUCAAUAAUCUCAACAACAUGAACAAUAUGAACAGCAUGAACAACAUGAACAUGAACAUGAACAUGAAUAAUCUUAACCUCAACACCCUUCAUCUUAACAACCUCAACAACCUAAACAACAUCAAUCUUAACAACAUCCUACUUAACUCUCCUAUAGACCUACAACUUGACAAGAAAAACUUCAUCAACUCAAUCAAAUCUCUAAAAAUCAAAAACCUAAAAGAAUUCUCCUUAACUUCAAACAAACAUUUCAAAUUCUUUGGUCUAAUCAACUGGCUAAAUCUAAUGAGAUUAGACUUCUUUGCUAAAUUACUAUGGUUUAUCAUCUUUAAAAAAUUCAGCUUUUUCUUCAAUAAAUACAUUCUCAAAAAAUUGAAGAAAAAAAACUUAAACAAACCCACUUCUGAUACUGAUAAUACAAACACUAAAAUCCCUCCAACUUCAACAAAAAAAUGCCCAUUCCAAUUCCAUAACUCUUCCUCAAUUUCAACUCCACUUUCAAAUUCAAAUUUAAAUUUAUCUCCUUCAGUUGAUCCAGAUUUCUCAAUAUCUUCCUUUAUAACUUCUCCUGAUAACUCAAAUAAUAAUAAUAACAAUAAUAAUAAUAAUAAUAAUAAUAAUAAUAAUAAUAAUAAUAAUAAUAAUAAUAAUAAUAAUAAUAAUAAAAAUAAUAAUAAAAAUAAUAAUAAUAAUAAAAAUAAUGACGAAAACUUAUCGUCAAAGUUUACUCCUUCCACAGCUGCAAAUGAAAACUUUAUUGAUAAUUUAUUCACAACCAAAAAUGACUUGGACGACUUGAAUAACCAAAACUAUCAAAUGGACCAAAAAGAAAUCGAUUUCACAAAUCUUUAUAAUAAAAAAUGGAACAUAAAUAAUCUAAGCCAAAAUUCUGUUCCUUUAAAGAAAAAAAAAUCUUUCUUAAACUCUUCCUCAAAAAAUAACUUGAAACUGAAAUUAAAUAUAAAUUUUAAAAAUAAAAUGGAUCCAUCUGAUCAAAUAAACCAAAUAAAUCAAAUAGACCAAACAAAUCAGAAUAGCGUAAUAAAUCAAAAUAACAUAAUAAUCCAAAACAAUUCUCAAAACAAUUAUCAAAACAAUUAUGAAAAUAUCUCUCGUUGUCCCUUCAUGUCCUCAAACUUGCAAAACUCAUAUAACCUCCAAUGUCCUAUCAUCAAGAAUCCAAAUCUUGAUAGUAAUAAAAAUCCCGAGGAUUUUAUUAGAGAACUACCCCAAAUAUUUUCUUCCAAUAUUGAUUCUAUUCCAAUGAAACCUCAUGGAAGAACAUUUUCUCAGGAAUUCUCCACAAUAACUGACGAACUUGACCCAAGCAAAAUUAUUAAUAAUCUUGAUAAUAGUGUCAAUUUGAUAUCAACUGUUCCUACCAUGGAAUCCAAAACUGCAAACAUGAUCAUUGAAAACGUUGUCACAAAUGAAAUAAAAAAUAAUAUAAUUGAGCCGAAUGUUUGUCCGUUGAUGAUGGGUGAUGCAAAAAAAACAUUUAGAAACUUCACUAACGAUGGCUCAUUUAUUUGUCCAGUUGUUGGCUGCUCUAGUAACAAAAAAAAGACCUCAAAAAAUAACAAUAAUGAUAAUGCAUUAAACACUAAAAAUACAGUGGAAAGUACAAACGAUAUCACAAGUAAUCUUGCUCAAAGUGUAAAUAACAGCGGCAAUAUUGAUAUUAAUACUAAAGAUCAAUCAACUAGAAAUAAGUCCAGGGAAUUUAUCGAAAGACUUAAUUCCUCCAAAAAAUCAAUCUCUUCUACCCCUAGUCCAGGAACUGUUUUACAACUAACUUCAAUGAAAACACAAAAGCUUAAAAGUUAUUUGGCGAUUAACCAAAUCAAACAUCUUGAAACUUCUUUACCAUCAAAAAAAGUUGUUUGGCUAUUGAUAGACAGGUUUUUUAAAAUCCUCUAUGUCUAUAUUCCUUAUGUUGAUGAGAUUGAUUUUAGAACUAGAAUCAAACUAUUAAUUGGUGACAGACAUGAUCAGCAUCAAAAAAUCCAAUUUAAAGAAUAUUAUAUAACAAAUCCAAAUGCAAAAGGCAAGCAAAAACACAAAACCUUUAAAUAUACGCCAGAUGACUACGCAUAUCUUGGAAUUUUGCUUGUAAUGCUAAGAUUGUCAUGGUUGACUUUGCCUUGUAAUAAUGUGAAUCUCCAUUUAUCUAAUGAAAUUAAUGAUAAGAAAAAAAUGAAUGCUUAUAUGAAGACAAACAAAGAAGACUCAAAAUUUAUUAGAAUAUUGUCUAAACCUGAAAAUGUUAUUCAUCUUAGUUUGAUAGACUCAUUAAGGCACUGUUUUUCAAAGAUUAAUUUGCUCUCCCAAACCUCAAUUCCAAUUAUUCAAGUAUCUUUGUUUAUGAAAUUGUAUUUUCAGUAUGCACCAGAGGAUGGUGAUGGUUCUGAUGGCUCUGAAUCAUCCAUAUUCUUAGGCACCUUAAUACAAAUGGCAAUGAGCAUUGGAAUCCAUAGGGAUCCAACUAGCUUUGAGAAUUUUGAGCCAAAAGGAGUUGAUAUCAAUAAGAAUGAUAGCAAAGACCAUAAAGACAGAUCGGUUCAUUUAUGGAGAAAAAUAUGGUAUAAAUUGAUUGAUUUAGAUACUAGACAAAGUUUUAUGCUAGGAUCACCUAAAAUUAUUAGUUUUGAGACAAUAAAAUUCUCUGACACCAAACUUCCUUCCUCAAAUUUUGAUUUUAUUAAGGAAGAUCCAAGAGAGCUUGAAGUUGUGGAAAAUAUUAAAAUACAAUAUUCCAUUAACAAGAUAAUUUCUGAAACCAUGAUUGAAUUAUUGAGAAUUGAUAGAAAUCUUACCAUUUCAGAGCUUGAUGAUUUGAUAGAGAAAAUAAAAGGACAUAUAUCUUUGGGUAAAAGCAAUUCGAGUAGCGAUUGUUUAUUAGAGAGAGACUCCUUAUUGGUGAAUAAAACCAUUGAUGAACCACUAUAUAAGGCGUCUUCAAGAGCAGUCAAGUUUGAAUUGUAUUUACAGAUGAAUUUGUUUAUUUUUCUUUUAAAUUAUACGAUAUUUAUUCAACUAAAUCUAAGAAAAAGUCCCUAUAUUGAAUUAUUGUACAAGAAUAGCAGCAGCAGCAAAACUUCGUUUUAUCACGAAGAGUUUAAUAAGUUAAUAAAUCAAUACGAUCAGUCUUCAUUGAAUUCAGCAUUUGAGAAUUGCCUCAUCUCUCGAAAAGUUCUUGAAGAAUCAAACAAAAUAUUUGGAACUGGUGCUGAUUUGAUAUUGAACCCAUUGGUUUUGUUAACCUCUCAUAGGUCGUUGCAAUUUAUAAUAAGUGUCAUUGUGAAAAUAAAAUGUUAUCCAUUUAUUGAAAAAUUGAAAUCCAAAAUACCCCAUGAGGAAUUGUUUGAGACAGACCAUCAAGAAAAAAUUAAAACAUCCGAAAACAAUGACAAUAGUAUAAAAUUUACAUCCUAUCAUGGAUAUGAUAUUCCAGUAUUGGAUUAUUCACAGAGCAAAUCUCCCGAAUUACCAAUUGCAUUGAUUGAUAAAUUAGAAGCAUUUCAAAAGGUAAUAGACAACUUAAGUUUUAAGUAUUAUUAUGCCUGGAGAAUGUCAAAAUCUAUGAAGUUUUUUAUUCUUUUACUAAAACAAAACGAUCAGUUUUUGCUUCAGGAUUUGACUCCAAUAAGUGAACAAAACCUUACAGAAAAUGGAAGUGAAAUCAACAUGUCAAAUUUGAAUGCUAUAGGAAAUAACCCCAUGUUUAAUAAAUCCAUUGAAAAAUGUCCAUUUUAUAAGGUUGAGGUUAAAGGAUUUGGAAUUAAAACCGAACCUGGCUGCAAUAAAGAAUCAAGUUUUUCUUUUAUAUCACAUCAAAAGCAGUCACCAAUCACUCCUCAAAUAACUGAAGAAAAGGUAACUGGACUUGAUUUGGUGUCCUCUCAAAAUCCCCAAAGCUUACACAAUUAUAACAACGCAUUUAAUGACAAUCUAAACAACGGUUUGUUGAACUUUGAUAGUGAAAAAAACAGCAUUCUGAAUAUCAAUGGAAACAAUGAUCUGGCAAUUGUCAUGAGCUCAAGUGUGUUUGAGCCAGCUCCCCAGUAUAAUUCAAAUCAGAUUAUUUCAUUGAAUACUUCCAUAAAUAUGACAAACAACAACAGUGAUCAGUAUUUCAACAAUUUCCAGAAUUCAAGCAGUACAAGUCUCAUAAACACUGCUGACAUUAGAGAGUUCAAUAUUGGGGCUGAUCUUGAAAUGAAACAUGUUCCCAACCUGAACGUUCUUGAUAUGAAUCAAAAUAAUAGUAUGGUGGGAAAUCUAUCAUUAGAUUUACUAUUCAACGAUCCCAAUAAUUUUUUUUCGGGCAUAAAUAAUGAUGUUUUGAGUUUGAAUAAUGAGUUGUUUUCUCCAUUAUCGUCCUCUUUUGAGACCAUUCUUGAAAAUCAUUUAUCGGAAACUAAGUAUGAUAAAGCAAUUUUUGGGCCAGUAGCCAGUGAUAACUCAAAAGAACAGCCCAAAAAGAACAGUUAA